UAACCCACUGAGCGAGGCCAUGGAUUGAACGUGCCUCCUCAUGAAUAUUAGUUGGAUUCUUCACCUGCUGAGCCACAACAGGAACUCCCUGACUGUCUAAUCUUAUCUGCUGCUGCUGCCUGAUACAUUUCUCAUACACAGGCCAAACUGAACAAAUCACAGGUCCUGGAACACACCCUUCAUUCCUCCCCAGUGCUUAGAUAUCCUUUUCUGCCCCACUCCUCAAAAUUCCUCCUCAAGGAAGCCCCUCUGACCUCCCUCCCCUGAGCAGUCUGGCUCUGACUCUCUUCUGCUCUGAUGGGGAGUGCAGUCUUUCCAGGCUUUGUUUGAUGUUGGAGUCCAUGAAGCUACUUGAAAGACAAAGAACAUGUCUUAAUUACCUCUGCAGCUGCACCCCCUUCCCCCAGGGUGGCAUAGCACAAAUCCUCUACAUCGGUGGUGUCGUGGUUGUCUGUGAAAUGCACUCAACACACUGUCACCCAUAGGUUCAGUGAGAUACAGUAAUUCUUCAUUUGAAAAAAGUACUGCACAUCUGUUUUAGUUAUUAACCUAAGCUAGGAGCUCAAUGUCCAGAAACAUGUACAUGUGCUCAAAUUUUUACAAUUUCAAUGGUUUGCAGAUUUCCUGAGACCAUCUACAGUUCCACUAGUAAACCCAAGAUUAAGGACCUCUGACUUUUGGUGAGGAAGUAUUUUGAACACCAGCAUGAUAGGGACACACAUUCAAUCACUCAUUAAUUCAAUAAAUGUGUUGAGUGCCCACAUGAUAAUGUUGGGGGCAAGGUGAUUCACUUAUUAAUCCAUCCAUACAGCCAGUUUUAAGGGUCUACAAUGUACCCGACACUGAGCUAGGCACUGAGGACAGAAAAGUGUAGGAAGAAGAUGGGGCCCCAAGGCCUUAAUGCCUCAUAGGCUAGUGGAGACCAGGCGGGGGGUCCUGCCCUCUCCCCUUGCCUCCAUUGCUGCCCUGUCCCAGCUUCCACCCCACAAGGCUGCAGGAUAGAGGCUGAAGCUGGUGCAGGCAGGGAGGACAGAUCUCAGGGACCUUACCCCUAUCUCUCUGUCCUCCCACUCCCUCCCUAACCCAUGACCCCCAGGCCUGCUGAUUUUUGUGUUUGACUAAAGGGCAGGGAUCGCUGAACCUGCUGGGUGAGUCCAGUGAGUCAGAGGCGAUUCAGGUGGGCGGGCAGGUGGGCAGGAGGGCAGGAGGGCAGAGGCAGAGCCAGUGGCCCUGGGACAAUGGCUCUGACUGUAUGUGUGCGGCGACUGACAGGACUGCCAGGCACUCAUGACCGACAAGUGAGGCUUAGCUUUCGAGGUUUUACUCAGAAAACAAGGAGAAUUCACUGUGGUCCAGAAGCAGACAUCGGUGAGCUGUUCCGUUGGCCACACUAUGGGGCUCCACUGGCUGGGGAGUGUCUGUCUAUACAGGUGGUCAACUGUAGCCAUGUGUUCAGCCCCAGGUCUCUGGGGACCCUGGUGAUCUCCCUGCAGCAGCUACAGAGUGCUGGGCAUUUGGUGCUGCGGGAGGCCCUAGUGGAUAAGAAUCUGCGAGUGUCCCGGAUCCAGGUGGAGCUUGACCUGAAGUACCAGCCCCCAGAGGGCACAGCUGGAGCCUGGGCAGAAGAGGACUUUGGAGCACCCAUCCGGGACAGCUCAGAGCUGAUCAUUCCCAAUGUGGGCUUCCAAGAGCUGGAGCCUGGGGAGGCCCGGCUGGAGCGGCGGGCAGUGGCUUUGGGCCGCAGGCUAGCUCGAGGCCUAGGUCAGCAAGAUGAUGAGGACAAUGAACUGGACCUGGAGCUGGAGCUGGAGCUGGAGGAUGAGCCUGAUGUGGAGCUUUCUGGCGUCGUGUUCAGCCCCCUUAAGAGCCGAGCUCGGGGCCUGGCCUGUGGGGAUCCCUUCCAGAUAUCCAGAGUGCAGGACUUCCAGGUGGGGGUCACGGUGCUUGAGGCCCAGAAGCUGGUGGGAGUCAACAUUAACCCCUAUGUGGCUGUGCGUGUUGGGGAGCAACGUCGAGUGACCGCCACGCAGCGUGGGACCAACUGUCCCUUCUACAAUGAGUACUUCUUGUUUGAAUUUCAUGAGACCCGGCUUCGCCUCCAAGACUUGCUGCUGGAGAUCACGGCUUUCCAUUCGCAGACGCUUCCCUUUAUGGCCACUCAGAUAGGCACCUUCAGGAUGGACCUGGGCAUUAUCUUCGACCAACCAGACGGCCACUUCUACCAGAAAUGGGCUCCGCUGCACGACCCCCGGGACACCCGCGCGGGGACCAAAGGUUUCGUCAAGGUCACUUUGUCUGUGAGGGCGCGCGGAGACCUGCCCGCUCCGCUGCCACCCGCUGGCCCAGGACACAGUUCAGACAUUGAGAAGAACCUGCUGCUGCCGCGCCGAGUGCCGGCGGAGAGGCCGUGGGCGCGGCUGCGCGUGCGCGUGUACCGCGCCGAGGGGCUUCCGGCGCUGCGCCCGGGGCUGCUGGGCAGCCUGGCCCGCGCCCUGCAAGACCAGCGCGUCCUCGUGGACCCUUAUGUGCGAGUGUCUUUCCUGGGGCAGCAGGGCGAGACUUCUGUGCGCGGCGAGGCGGCGGCGCCUGAGUGGAACGAACAGCUGAGCUUCGUGGAGCUCUUCCCGCCGCUGACGCGCAGCCUUCGUCUGCAACUGCGAGACGACGCGCCCCUGGUCGAUGUGGCCCUAGCCACGCACGUGCUGGACCUGAGGCAGAUCUCGCAUCCCGGCCGCGCAGCGGGGUUUAACCCCACCUUCGGCCCGACCUGGAUAUCUCUCUAUGGCUCGCCCCCCAGCGGCGGACUCCGGGAUAGUCUUCAAAAUCUCAAUGAAGGCUUUGGCCACGGCAUUUGGUUUCGUGGCCGCCUGCUGAUCGCUGUAUCCAUGGAAGUGUUGGAAGGGAGAGCUGAAACUGAGCCUCCCCAGGUCCCACAGGGGUCCAGGUUAUCCAGGCUCAUGAGAAAAAAGAAGAAAGCAAAGCGAGGCCAGACUCCAGUGGGGAUUCAGCAGCACCUGGAUGCCAGCUCCAGUGCUGAUGCACCUGAGAUUCCUAGUGCAAUGGAGGUGGAGGUGGAGGAGUUGCUGCCGCUGCCAGAGAACGCCCUGGCACCCUGCGAAGAUUUCUUGCUCUUCGCUGUGCUCUUCGAGGCCACCAUGAUUGACCCCACCAUGGCCUCCCAGCCUAUCAGCUUCGAGAUCUCCAUUGGUCGUGCAGGUCGCCAGGAAGAACAGUUGGGCCGAGGGUCCAGGCCUGGGGAGGGAGCAGAGAGUGUGGCAGGGGAGGCAGAGCCUCUGCUGGAGUUGGACCAGGGAGCAGGGCCAGUGGAGGAGGAAGAGCUGGGGACCCCUGCACAGCAGCCUGAGCCCAUGGAUGGCAGUGGGCCAUAUUUCUGCUUGCCCCUGCGUCACCGCAAGCCCUGUGUGCGUGUAUGGAGCCGCUGGGAAGAUCACUCAUGGCGCCUGCAAAGCAGUAACUGUGUGCGGAAAGUGGCUGAGAGGCUGGACCAAGGGCUACAGGAGGUUGAGAGUCUGCAGCGCAGGCCGGGGUCUGGAGCCUGCAUGCGGUUGAGGCAGACGCUGGAAGAGCUGGUGGCUGGGAGCAGACAGUUUUGCCAGGGUGCCGAGCGCAGGACGAUGACCCGGCCCAACACCCUGGAUCGAUGCCGAGGGAAACUGCUGGUGCAUAGCCUGAACAUAUUGGCAAAGCAAGGACUGCAGCUCCUACAGGGUCUGAGACAGAGCAACAUGCAAGAGAAGGUGGCACUGGCCAAGAAGCUUCUGGCAAAACUGCGCUUCCUGGCCCAGGAGCCCCAGCCUCCUCUCCCAGAUGUGCUGGUCUGGAUGCUCAGUGGGCGGCGCCGUGUGGCCUGGGCCCGGAUCCCUGCCCAGGAUGUGCUCUUCUCUGUGGUGGAGGAGGAACGGGGCCGGGACUGCGGGAAGAUCCAGAGUCUGCUGCUCACAGCACCUGGGGCAGCCCCUGGUGAGGUCUGUGCCAAGCUGGAGCUCUUCCUGUGGCUGGGGCUGGGCAAGCAAGCCAAGGCCUGCACCUCCGAGCUCCCCCUGGACCUGCUGCCUGAGCCCUCAGCUGGGCUGCCCCGCAGCUUGUUCCGGGAUGACUUCAGCUAUUUCCAGCUCCGGGCUCACUUGUACCAGGCCCGAGGUGUGUUGGCAGCAGAUGACAGUGGGCUCUCGGACCCCUUUGCUCGAGUCGUUAUCUCUACGCAGUGCCAGACCACACGGGUCCUGGAGCAGACGCUGAGCCCCCUGUGGGAUGAGCUCUUGGUGUUUGAUCAGUUGAUCGUGGAUGGGAGGCGGGAGCACCUGCAGGAGGAGCCUCCGCUAGUGGUUGUCAGUGUCUUUGACCACAAUAAGUUUGGACCCCCUGUGUUCCUGGGAAGGGCUCUGGCUGCCCCAAGGGUAAAGCUGAUGGAGGACCCCUACCAAUGGCCUGAGCUGCAAUUCUUCCCCCUGAGGAAGGGGCCCCGGGCAGCUGGGGAACUUAUCGCCACCUUUGAACUCAUCGAACUGGACUACAGUAGCCGGCUUGAGCCCUCAGUGCCGAGUGAUGUGGAGCCCCAGGACCUGGCACCCCUGGUGGAGCCCCUCUCCGGACGCCUGUCCCUGCCUCCCCAUGUGCGCCCGGUGCUCAGGGAGUUCCGAGUUGAGGUUCUGUUCUGGGGUCUAAGGGGCCUUGGUCGUGUGCAUCUGUUCGAAGUGGAGCAGCCCCAGGUUGUACUGGAGGUGGCCGGUCAACGUGUGGAGUCCGAGGUCCUGGCCAGUUACCGUGAGAAGCCCAAUUUCACUGAGCUUGUCAGGCAUCUGACCGUGGACCUGCCAGAGCAGCCUUACUUGCAGCCCCCUCUCAGCAUCCUGGUUAUUGAGCGCCGGGCCUUUGGCCGCACAGUGCUUGUGGGUUCCCACAUUGUCCCCCACAUGCUGAGAUUCACACUCCGGGGUCAUGAGGAGCCCCCUGAGGAGGAAGGAGAGGAGGAUACAGAGGACCUGGUGCCCAAGGGACCUCAAGGGCAGAGGUCCCCAGAUCCCUUCCUGGCUGAAGCGGGGAUACCAAGACGGCUCCUGAAGGCUCCUCUGAAGAAGCUCCCUCUGGGAGGCCUCUUGAAUCAAGGCCCAGGGCUGGAGGAGGACAUCCCAGAUCCCGAAGAGCUUGACUGGUGGUCCAAGUACUAUGCAUCGCUCCAGGAGCUCCAGGGGCAGACCAACUUUGAUGAGGAUGAAAUGGAUGAUCCAGGGGAUUCAGAUGGGGUUAACCUCAUAUCUGUGGAUGGGGAAGCCCAAGACCAGGGGGAAGCUGAAAUCAAAGGCCCCGUGUUCCAGAAAAAAGCAAUCGCCACUCUGAAGAUUUACAACCACUCCCUAGAGGAAGAGUUUAACCACUUUGAAGACUGGCUGAAUGUGUUUCCCCUGUACCGAGGGCAAAGGGGUCAGGAUGGAGAUGGAGCAGAAGAAGGAUCUGGAAACCUUGUGGGCAAGUUCAAGGGCUCCCUCCUCAUUUACCCUGAAGCAGAGGCCAUGUCCUUCUCUGAGCCCCAGAUCUCCCGGGGGAUCCCACAGAACCGGCCCAUCAAGCUCCUGGUCAGAGUGUAUGUUGUAAAGGCUACCAACCUGGCUCCGGCAGAUCCCAACGGCAAAGCAGACCCCUACGUGGUGGUGAGCGCUGGCCGGGAGCGGCUGGACACCAAGGAGCGCUACAUCCCUAAGCAACUGAACCCCAUCUUUGGAGAGGUCCUGGAGCUCAGCAUCUCUCUCCCUGCUGAGCCAGAGCUGACUGUGGCUGUGUUUGAUCAUGACCUUGUGGGUUCUGAUGACCUCAUCGGAGAGACCCACAUUGAUCUGGAAAACCGAUUCUACAGCCACCACAGGGCAAACUGUGGGCUGGCGUCCCAGUAUGACAUGGGUGGGUACAAUGCCUGGCGUGAUGCAUUCCGGCCUUCACAGAUCCUGGCAGGGCUGUGCCAACGCUGUGGCCUCCCUGCUCCUGAAUACCGAGCUGGAGCUGUCAAGGUGGGCAGCAAAGUCUUUCUGACACCGCCAGAGACUCUGCCCCCAGGUGGAGGGAGCUCCAAAGUGGCAAGUGAGGUCCCUGAGGAGGCCCAGGCAUUGCUGGUGCUGCGGCGUUGGCAGGAGAUGCCAAGGCUUGGGAUCCAGCUGGUACCUGAGCAUGUAGAAACACGACCCCUCUACCAUCCCCGAAGCCCAGGGCUGCUGCAGGGAUCCCUUCACAUGUGGAUUGACAUCUUCCCACGAGAUGUGCCUGCCCCACCCCCAGUGGAUAUCAAGCCUCGGCAGCCAAUCAGCUAUGAGCUCAGAGUCAUCAUCUGGAACACGGAGGAUGUAGUUCUGGAUGACGUGAACCCGCUCACCGGAGAGAUGUCAAGCGACAUCUAUGUGAAAAGCUGGGUGAAGGGGCUGGAGCCUGACAAGCAGGAGACGGACGUUCACUUCAACUCUCUGACUGGGGAGGGGAACUUCAACUGGCGCUUCGUGUUCCGUUUCGACUACCUACCCACGGAGCGCGAGGUGAGCAUCCGGCGCCGGCCUGGACCCUCCGCCCUGGAGGAAGCUGAGUUCCGGCAGCCGGCUGUGCUGGUCCUGCAGGUCUGGGACUAUGACCGCAUCUCCGCCAACGACUUCCUCGGGUCCCUGGAGCUGCAGCUACCAGACAUGGUGCGAGGGGCGCGGGGCCCUGAGCUCUGCUCCGUGCGGCUGGCCCGGGAAGGGGCUGGGCCAAGGUGUAAUCUGUUUCGCUGUCGCCGCUUGCGGGGCUGGUGGCCUGUGGUGAAGCUGCGAGAGCCAGAGGAUGAGGAGCGGGAGCAGCGGGAGGCUCAAGCUGGCAAGAAGAGGAAGAAGAGGAGGAGGGGCCGGCCAGAAGACUUAGAGUUCAAGGACGCAGGAGGCAACAUCUACAUCCUCACGGGGAAAGUAGAGGCAGAGUUUGAGCUGCUGACUGUGGAGGAGGCUGAGAAACGGCCAGUGGGGAAGGGACGCAAGGAGCCAGAGCCCUUGGAGAAGCCCAACCGCCCCAAAACCUCCUUCAACUGGUUCGUGAACCCGUUGAAGACCUUCGUCUUCUUCAUCUGGCGCCGGUACUGGCGCAUCCUGCUGUUGCUGCUGCUGCUGGCGCUCAUCACCAUCUUCCUCCUCCUCGUCUUCUACACCAUGCCUGGCCAGAUCAGCCGGGUCAUCUUCCACCCUCUCCAAGGACCCUGACUGACCCUGGACAUUCGUCCCACAAUGUCGACGCCUCAACUCCUGCUCCUGUUGUCCUUCCCACCAGUAGGAACCCUGCCAGAGUUCACCACUUUCUCCGAGUAACCCUUAUCAAGCAUCCACUCUGUCACCUGAACACAUGCUGUGGAGAAUAAAUAAUACUGGGGGUAGAGAACAGAGAUGUUAUUGGGUGGCCUCAGGUGCUGGGAUUCAUUGGACUAAUGAAUACACAGGAUGGGGGGCUGCCUGUGUGCCAGGAAUAGGACCUGGUGGGGGUUUGCCACUGAGAUGUCGUGCCCUCUGCCCAGCCUGCCUGAUGCUCCUGCUCCCAUGAGGAGCAGGAUUAGUGGGAGGUGCAAGCCUGGCAAGCUGGCCAAUGGCUGGGUCCCUCCAACCUGAUCGGCCACGGCUGCCAAGAUAGUGAAAUCCUUUAUGUGCUUUGUGAACUUCCACCAACCCCAAGAGUAGGCAGAUUACUUAGGAUGCUUUUGGUUGCAAGUGAUAGAAAUCCCAACCCAAAGUGACUUAAGCCAAGAGAGAAUUUGACUUACAUAGCUGUAAUUCCCAGGGUUUGGCUGGCUUCAAGUGCUGUUUGCCACAGGGUUCCAAUGUCACCAAGACUGGUUCUCUGCCUCCAAGGUUGGCACUGCUGUCCUCAGGGGAAGCUUAUUUGCAGACAAGAUCUCUCCUUGGAAGUGCAGGAGGGCUGCGGCAAUCCCACGUCUCCCCAUAACCAUGUCCAGAAGGAAGGAAAGCUCUCCUAGUCCUGCCAGAGCCAU